AUGUCAAAGGCUUUAGAAGAUUUACUGACUAGUCUUCGUUAUGAAGAAUCCACUGAGGCCCUUGCUAUUGAAACAGAGAUCAUCAUCAAAUCUUGUGGAAUGGCGAAAGCAUGGGAAGCAACAUUGCGAAAAACACAAGCUGCUGCAAAGAAACGAGCACACAGCAUAUUUGGCUCGACAUCUAUGGCCCAUGUGCACGAAGAUUUCUUCGACGAUCAUGGUCAUAUUAUCUUUGAUGAUGGACACAACAAAAACCAUGGAAGUGAGAACAUUGAGCCUGUACCGGUAGAGAAGUUUCUUCCGAAUGGAGAUUAUUAUGUAGGACAAUGGUUCGAGUAUUGCCCCCAUGGCCAUGGGAAGUACUUGUGGACUGAUGGGUGCAUUUACGUAGGCGAGUGGUUUCGAGGCCAAGCCAUAGGGAAAGGUAGGUUUAGUUGGCCUUCAGGAGCUAUUUAUGAAGGUGAGUUUAAGAGCGGUUAUAUGGAUGGGAAAGGUACUUAUACCGGCCCUGAAGGGGAGGCGUAUAAAGGUUUUUGGGUGAUGAACAUGAAGCAUGGUUAUGGUGUUAUGACUUAUGAGAAUGGGGACUUUUAUGAUGGAGAAUGGAGGCAUGGUGUUCAAGAAGGGCAGGGGAAAUAUCAAUGGAGUAAUGGGACUUGUUUCGUAGGAGAAUGGAAAAAUGGGGUGAUUUCAGGUCCUGGCGUGAUGAUUUGGGCGAAUGGAAACUGCUUCGAAGGAAAUUGGGUUGAUUCUUUGCCAACAGGAGAUGGUAUAUACAAAUGGGACAAUGGAUGUUACUACGAGGGCUAUUGGAGUAGAGAUCCGAAAGAGAUGCUUGGGACUUAUCAUUGUCUUGAACCUGAACUGUUAGAUCAGGAAGCUUAUGAAAAUUGGGAUCCUCAAGAGUUGUAUAAUGAUAUUUUGAGUGGGUGUAAGGUAUGUGCAACUGAAAAGAUUACUGUUUUUCCAUCGCAGAAGAAGCUCGCGGCAUGGAAGUCACCGAAAGGAACGGAUCCAAGGAGUAGGCCUGCACGAAUGUCAGUUGACUCGAGAAUAACUCCUGGUGGACACAUGUUGGAGUCAGAAGGAAGUUUUUCAAGUGAUGGUAGUAACAGAAGGAAUUCUAAUAGUGGAAAAGACGGUGAUUUGGAUGGUCUAAGUCUUGAAAAUUGCACUAGUUUUAAGAUGGCACCACCAGGGACUCCAGGGAAACCACUUAGGAUACCGAAAGUAGGGAAGAAACAAGGAGAGAUUAUUACUAGAGGUCAUAAAAACUUUGAGCUUAUGCUCAAUCUGCAGUUAGGAAUCAGGCAUGCGGUUGGUAGACCUGCUCCACCAACAUCCCUUGAUCUGAAGUCGUCUGCUUUCGAUCCAAAGGAAAAAGUGUGGACAAAAUUUCCAUCAGAAGGCUCCAAGUAUACUCCUCCACAUAGCUCCUGUGAAUUUAAGUGGAAAGACUAUUGCCCUUUAGUUUUCAGAGCUUUGAGGAAGCUUUUUAAGGUGGAUGCAGCUGAUUACAUGUUAUCAAUCUGUGGGAACGAAGCCCUUCGAGAGCUGUCCUCCCCUGGAAAAAGUGGAAGCUUCUUUUACUUAAGUAGUGAUGAUCGUUACAUGAUUAAGACAAUAAAGAAGACGGAAGCAAAAGUACUCUUAAGGAUGUUAUCAGCGUACUAUAAUCAUGUUCGAGCAUUUGAGAACACGUUAGUGACCAAGUUUUUCGGCCUUCAUUGUGUUAAAUUGACAGGAACAAUCCAGAAGAAAGUACGCUUCAUUAUAAUGGGGAACCUAUUCUGCACCGAGCACACCAUUCAUCGACGUUUUGACUUGAAAGGAUCUUCACUUGGCCGCUCAACAGAUAAGCCUGAGGAAGAGUUAGAUGCAAGUACAAUACUCAAAGACCUUGAUCUUAACUUCAUUUUUCGACUGCAGAAGUCAUGGUUCCAAGAUUUCUGCAGACAAGUCGAUAGAGAUUGUGAGUUUUUGGAACAGGAGAGAAUUAUGGACUACAGCUUGCUAGUUGGCCUUCAUUUUAGGGAAGCCUCCAAAGCAGGGGACCUGAUUCCUUCUGGAUCCCGAACACCUAUUGGCUGUGAUGAACAAGAAAGUGAACCAGGAGCUCCUCGUCUUUCCAAAGUAGAUAUGGAUCAACUUCUAAUUGAUCCAGCCUGGUGGGCUAGUGUUAAGUUAGGAAUCAAUAUGCCAGCACAAGUUGAGAGAGCUGUGAGGAAAAUGGAUGGUGAAUUACAGGUAUUGGAGCCGGUUGGAGAAUACUACGACGUUGUAAUGUUCUUUGGGAUCAUAGACAUACUUCAAGAUUACGACAUUAGCAAAAAACUCGAGCAUGCUUAUAAGGCAAUGCAGUAUGAUGCUACCUCAAUAUCAGCUGUAGAUCCAAAACUCUACUCCAAACGCUUUCGUGAUUUUAUUUUUAAGAUUUUCGCGGAAGAUGCUUAAAACCAAACAACAUUUGAUAUUACCAACAUGUUUCUUCUCCUGAUUUGGGUAACAGACUAACAGGUCAUUAUAAGUAGAAAGACUACUCUGUGUGCUUUCCAGCAGGCGCGAAGAACACGCUAAGCUUGCUCCUAUAAGGCCGGGGGUGCCUCUCGAUUUAGUGUACGUAGCAUUUGUUACGCGUAUAACAGUAGCUGUUGCAGUGUUGCUUUCAUUGUCUUGAAGCUAAAUGUACACAGCAGUAUAUAACAAAAGACAGCUUACAGCACCAAAUGCAAAUUAGGCAACUGCUGUUGAUAUUUCUAGUGGAGUCCAACAUUAAGCAUUCAAUUUGUAUUCUAUAAGUUCUUUUUCAAAUGUCCAUUUUCGGAUAAGUAUUGUGUAUAGAGGAGAAAAGAGCAAAAGACGGUACUUUAGGAGAUUUUUUGUUGAAUAAAUAACUGUAUGUUUGUACGAUUUCCAGUCAGAUUUUGUAAUGAAAAUGCAUUUUUCUUGCUACUUGUA